GAUUAUAAUUUUAUAAAAUAAUAUGAGUAGUAUCUGGAUUCAGAACCUGAAAGAGUCAAAGAAUGUCAUUGGCUUCAUUGCAGGACUCACUCUUCUCUCCACAACUAUCAUCAAGGGCCAUAUCAGAGACAACGAAGUUUUCGGAGCUGACGGUAACGGAGGACAUAUGCUCAAAAUAGUCACUGACCUGACUGAUGAAGAAAUGGCUAAGCUCAAAUUCACAAAGAGAUUGCACUGGCACUUGCCAACUCUGCACAAGUACUCUGAAGGUAGAGAUCUGAUUAGUGACCAAGAGCUCUCUGACAGAGGUAUUGAAAUCCCUCAAGAGAAGUAUAUUGAAUAUAACAAGAGACCACCACAUGAUAAAUACUUGUAAUUAUGGGCUAACAAUAUUUUCA